UCCAGGACCCGCUGCCUCGUCAGUUGUCAAUGCAAGGUUUGUCCACUCGCGCGCCUUCUUGUACUUGGUCUAACGAACUACUGUAGCUAGAAGCUCGAGAGUGCCACUGCAUGCGCAGCAGCUGCCCUCGCUCGCCAUUGCUAGCUGCUGUGUGUUCAAGCUUAAUUACUUAGGUCGAUCUGAUCCAGCCUCUAGCUAGCUAGCAACCUAGAACAGAAGUUAGCUAGCUAGUGUGCACCUUGCUUGUGUAUAGGAGGAAUCAGGAAAGAGAGAAGGAUGGCCGGGGUUGGGAGGAACAUGGUGGCGCCGCUCAUGGUGCUCAACCUCAUCAUGUACAUCAUCGUCAUCGGCUUCGCGAGCUGGAACCUCAACCACUUCAUCAACGGCCAGACCAACUACCCAGGCGUCGCCGGCAACGGCGCGACGUUCUACUUCCUGGUGUUCGCGAUCCUGGCGGGCGUGGUGGGCGCGGCGUCGAAGCUGGCCGGGGUGCACCACGUCCGGGCGUGGCGCCACGACAGCCUGGCCACCAACGCGGCGUCGUCGCUCAUCGCCUGGGCCAUCACGGCGCUCGCCUUCGGCCUCGCCUGCAAGGAGAUCCACAUCGGGGGCCACCGCGGGUGGCGCCUCCGCGUGCUCGAGGCCUUCGUCAUCAUCCUCGCCUUCACGCAGCUCCUCUACGUGCUCAUGCUCCACGCCGGACUCUUCGGCGGCAGCGGCGGCUACCGGGACCACGACUACGCCGCCGGCGAGCCCAAGGGCGUCCCCAGGGUCUGAUGAUGAUGAGCGAUCGAGAUUCUGACCGAUCGAUCGAGAGCAUCAGUUAUCUAUCAGCAUGCAGUGUGUGAUGACGUAAUAAGUACUAGUACCCACAUAUACAGUGUGUGCGUGCGUGUGUUCACGUACCACGUACAGUACAGUACGUGUGUACCUAGCUAUAGUCUACCGUCUGCUCGAUCAUCUUUUACUACUGUUUAUGUUAGUAAGUCAGCUCCUCGUUUCUGGUUUGUAAAUGCAUGAUGAUGUUUCCCGUGUCAAAUGUAUGUCAAGUUUCAGCCGGUCAGUGACACUGAUGAGAGAUGUAGUAUCUGACAUUGGUGUUA